GUUUAGGCGUUUUGUGGCUUUGGUUUAUAUUUCCUUUCCCAUAUUUCUUGUUUUGUGUUUUGUGAUAUUUCUAUUUCUUGUUUGCAAAUUGUUUCUGAUUUCUUAAUCAGGUUUGUUGAUUGUAAGCAGAUUUUUCUGUUUUGGAACAACAAAUUUGGUGAUAACUAUGGAAAGUGAAGCACAUGCCAGCGAGCCAUUGGAAAUUGAAUAUGCAGAGGUUAAACAGGAACCAACAGAGGUGGUUGGUGAAUCAUUUGGAGUUGAGCAGCCUACCUGGGAAUGGGAAAUGGAGGAUUAUGAAAAUAAAGAUGGAAUAGAUUUGCUCAGAAUAAAAGAUGAACAAUCUGAUGCUGAGCCUAUGGAACACUUAAAUCUCAGUGGGGAAGUUUUUGAUAUACAAGAAACAAAAAUAAAAUUGGAAAAUGACGUUGACAUCAAAUCUGAAGUGAUUCAGAUCCCUGAUAACUAUAUUGUUAAAGAUGAGAAUGAUUCAGGUGCUGAAAUAGUUUUGGAUAGAAUAAAAAAUGAACAGUCUGAUGUUAUGUCUACAGUUACCUGUGAUCUCAACGGUGAAGCUUUCAAUAUGAAGGAAGGAAGUAUGAAGCUAGAAAAUGAUCUGGACGUCAAAUCUGAAGAAACUCAAAUCAGCCAUGAAUACAUCAUUAAAGAUGAGAACGAGUCAGGUGCAGAAACAGCUUCGGAUAGGGCUCUGAAGCGGAAAUCUUCGAGAAAGCAGCAUGCUGUAAUGUGUAAAGAAACCAGCUCUAAGCUGUACGUGUGUAUUCACUGUAAAGCGGAAUUCAAAUAUAGGCCAAGUUUAGACGAUCAUAUAAUUAAGAAACAUCCUGAGUUCUCAGCAUCAGUUACAAGUAAUGUGCAUGAAUGUCCUGAUUGCGGAUAUAAAACCACCUUUAAACAUCAUUUUGCUAGACAUAUGUUCAAUCAUCCUGGGGCCGAAAGUAGCCUCAAGCCGAGCGUGUGUAUUCACUGCAAUGCGGAGUUCAAAUAUAGAAAAAGCUUGGAUGAGCAUAUUACCAAGAAACACCCAGGUUUUAUAGCAUCAGUUUCUCGUCAAAUACUUGAAUGUGCUUAUUGUACGUAUAAGACAACAAUUAAAGAUUUUCUAUCAAGGCAUAUGUUGAAACAUUCUGAGGCAGAAAGUGACUUUAAUCUAAGCGUGUGUAUUCACUGUAAUGCGACAUUCAAAGAUAAGAUAACUUUAGAUGAUCACAUAAUUAAGAAACAUCCCGAUUUCAUAGCAUCUGUUACACGUAAGAUACACGAAUGUACUCUAUGUACAUUUAAAACCACUGUUAAACAUCUUCUUGCUAGGCAUAUGUCGAAACAUCCUGAAGCUGAAAGUAGCUCUGAACUGAUCGUGUGCAUUCACUGUAAUGCCGAAUUCAAAUAUGGGGAAAGUUUGGAUGAUCAUAUCGUCAAGAAACAUCCUAAUUUUACAGCAUUAAUAUCUCGCGAAAUACUUGAAUGUACUCACUGUACGUACAAAACUACCAUUAAACGUUAUUUGGCAUGGCAUUUAUUGAAACGUCAUGGUGUAGAAGGUAACUCUAAGCUGAGCGCUUGUAUUCACUGCAAUACCACGUUCAGGGAUAACACAAAUUUAGAUGAUCAUAUAGUUAAGAAACAUCCUGAGUUCUCAGCAUCAGUUACACGACAGAUAUAUGAAUGUAAUCAUUGCACAUAUAAAACCACUAUUAAAUGCCAUCUUACUAAACAUACGCUGAAACAUACUGGGACACAAAAUAGCGCUGAGCUGAACGUAUGUACUCAGUGUAAUGCGGUAUUCAACAAUCGGAUAGAUUUGGAUGAUCAUUUAAGAUUCCACAGCAUUGAUUUCUCAUAUAAUACAUAAAUGUAUAUAUUUCACACAGUUUUA